CAGUGACGUAUAAAGGUUGAGUAAGUACUUUCUUUUGUGUUCUUCAGGCACGCACGCACGUUUUUCUUGGGUUCCUUCAGCAGUGCACGUGUUGUCUCCUACCUCUGGAUGAGCCCAUGACAUGCAGAGUAACUGCUGCGGCUGCGGGGAAGCUACAUAUCGAUUAGAACUACUACUACUUUUUCCAAAAAUGGUAGCGUCUUUGGUCUUCUCACCUGCCUCGUCGUCCAGAUGGCAACUGUUGGAUUUGUGGAAACUGCGACGUAUUCGCACGUGGAUACCGAUUCUGCGAAGCCCACAGAAUCAGACGGCGGAGCAAGUCUCCCACCUACGCACGUUGUUUGACCAGACGGCCUACCUGCGGCGGCGCUGGCAGAAUUGGGUCGUGCAAAGGGUUCUUGCGCAGUGCGAAGCCAGAGUACAGGAGUCUACUCACACGGUGUCUUCGAAGCAUCAGCAGGACGCUGAUGAACCGCCUGAAGCAGGAGUGGGUUGUUCUGCCUCGUCUACCCCGACUGUAACACAAGUGGCUGAAGGGUUGUCCGCUUCUAUUCCUGAGCUCGACGCGCACACAGAAAAAGAAAGGAUCGCCUUCCGGGAAUGGCAGCAUGAACUACAGGCUCUCUACGGAAGCACUGCCAAUCCCCGCCAAACCACUACUACAAGUACCUCCUCCGCCACUGUGGAGCUCACUCCCGAGGAGGCGCGGGGCAUCGUCGCGAGCGGGGAGGUGAGCUCGCUGCCGAAAAGUUGGAAGUGGGACCGCAAGGCCCAGGUUUACGCGCUCCCCUUAGACGAGGAGAAUUUCUCCCUCUGCCAAGAGUACUUGAGCCAUCCAGCCGCGCGGUUCAAAGUCCAGAAGUGCUGGCACGACAAGGUUCUUUUCCAAACUGCAAGAACGCGUUUGUACUCGUCUUGGCUCGCACUCAUUCGCGCCAGAACGGAGCUUGCCCAGGCACACGGCUAUGCGAGCUGGGUGGCGUUUGAGCUCGCGAAGCAAGAGUCUGGUUUUUCGUCUUCGACAGCAAGAACGGCUUUGGAGUCCUCGUCAAGCUCCGCAAAGUCUCCGACCACAACGUUGCAAAACGUGGUAGAAACCGUGGUCAAAGUCGCCACGCCGUACGUUCGGCCUCUCGUGCAAGAUAUGGAGCGGCUGCAGCGGGAGAGCGAGCAGGGAGUGUCCUUUAAAGAUCCUCUUCAUGUGUACGACGCCGGCUUCUACCGCAGCGCGCUGCGACGACAGCAGUGCGGAGGUAGUUCCGGGUCUUCUACCACGGUAGUCACCUCAACCGCUGCAGGAAGCGAUGGUGAAAAGAUGCAAGACGCUCGCAAAAGCGACAUGCGGUCCAUGUCCAGUGAAGAAAAGCUGGCGCAGCACCUCCCGUUUCGCAGCGUGCUGCCCAGGCUGGUGGAAAACCUGGCGAGCAUGUAUGACUUGAGGAUUGCGGAAGUGGACUCGCCGGGACUCAGGCAUCGCGUUUUCGGCUGCUGGAUGUCGUGGUGGAACAGCGGCUGGGAAACCUACCGCAACUACCACGUUUUCCAAGUGUUCGAGCACCGGAAAAACGACCUCACAGGGGACGAGGAAAACGAGACUCUGUACUCCCGGGAAGCUGCGUGGUACGGCCUGCCAUCGCCCAAAACGGGCGAGCGUAGCCUAGGGUUCAUCUACGUAAAAUGCUUUGGCGAAAGAACAGGGGGGUCGAAAAGGAAGAUGAAAACGGAGUUGCCACUUGAUUCGCGACAUCUUCAAAGGAGACCGCGUAUAGAGUCGUGGGCGCCCGGGCAUGUCGUGCUACAUACGGAAUUUUUGCCGUUUCGAAAACGGUGGGCGUCACAGAGGCUGUUGCUGCCUGCCGAGGUGCAAAUGUUGUUUCACGAGCUAGGACACUGCUUGGAGCUACUACUGAGGAAACACGAGCUCUACUCUGCGGCCUCAGACACCAGCGGCGGAGAUAAAAACGCUCAUACAAAGAACACAUCCGCUGCACAAGGAAGAGUACACCAGAAACUGCAAGAGAUUCCGGCUCUCGUAAACGAGAUGGUGGCUACCCUUCCGGGCUUUUUUCGCGAUUUGUCCUUCCUUCACGUCGUCGAUCAGCUGCCCGUUGCGCCAAAGCUGCUAAAGGCAAGUGCAAGAGAUCCGUAUUACUACGUCGAGUUUGCGCAAUGCUGCGCUUUCCAUUUAUCUUUGUACGACAAGCUGACCCUUUCCGACAUCGAACGGUUCGAGGCGGACCUUCCUGCGUUCGACCAGUACGUGCGGGACCAGUGGCGGACCGCAGCAAUUACCGAACGGGCCGCAUCGAGCAAAAAGCAUUCCCCGUUUGAGGUGCCCAGUCUGCUGAACGCGGACAGCGUGAAGAACCAGUACUUACGGCCGAAAGUUGGUAGUAACGCCGUCCUCGCUGCGAAGCCGCUGACCUCGGCGCAGGUAUUCGACCGGACGGAAUAUUCUCCGCUGGCGCGAACGGACCUGGCCAGUUUCUGGUUGGAACAAAAAUGCGAACUCCCAUUUCUUCUCGACUACGUGAAAGCGGGGGCCAUGCUGCAAGAGCGCACGCGCUGCUUCCGAGAAGUGGAGUCCGGCCGCCAAGACGGGGUUGUAAACACAGGCAGCUCGUCCUCGUCCACCAUGCGUCGUGGGAACUGGGGCUGGAGCAAGGAUUUCGGUCGAGAGCUAAAGGAGAUGUUGCGAAGUGGUGUCGGCGUGCCUGCAAGGUUGCUUGACGCUAGAUCUCCUCGCCGUGAAAAUGAUCCUACUUCCAUAGAUCUUGAUGCGGUAAAGUUCGAACGCUUGUGUCAUACGUUUUUCGCAGGGCAAGAGGCACUUAGUGAACUUUCGUAAGUCCAUCCGAUUCAGAUGUCAUUGCGAAUCUCCUGCCUUGAUAGCAGAGGAGUACUUCAGUUCUUAUCGGGUUUGGAAAUCGGCUUACCGAGGAGCCAUUUUGUGUCAAAGUUUCAGAUCAGUACUUAUCCAAGUACCGAAGGAGGCUCAAUGAGCAGUUACGUUGAAUUCGAAUUCGAAAAAGUCGUCGAUCGUUUUUCGCUGGGGCGAACGCACAUCAUAAGAAUCGAUCGUGAAAAUUUUCGUAUACAUCGAUUAGCUUUCGCGUUUUCAUCGAGGUAGGGACGGUUCUUUGCGUCGUCGUUGUUUUUGCGUGGUGAUAUCUAUCUGAUAUCUAUCACUCAUCGUGAAAAUGCUGACCAUCGUGAAUGAAACAUUCUUGGCGUUAUCGUAGUUUUACCUACGCUUGAUAAGUUUAAGCCUAGGGGUAGGUUUUUUGCUACUUAUGUAGAGAGAAGCGUAGGAAGUUGGAGACAAGGCGGCUCAACUUCUGUGUCGGACGAUGAUUUUAUCACAUAAGCGCCUCACCACGCUCACCAUCACCUCCUGAGCACGACCACACUGAUAACUGUGUACUAGCACAUUUUUCUCGAAGAUGGACUUGCCAAACACUCCGCCCCCCGGCUUUUCGGAAGUGUCGAGUCGCACUCGGCCAGGUCAGGUUGUCUAUCAGGAAGAUGCGACGGGAAAGAAGUACGGAACUCUGGAGUUAGCUUGGGCGGUACAUCGGCAGAGCGCAGCUACGACUGGGGCUGUACCAGGUAAUCCCGCCGUCCCCGAAAUUGCACCGGGGGAGCUCGGCAAUACGAUGCACGCCGCCCCCACAUCAGCUCCAACUACGCAAGAAAAUGCGUUGACCUUCGACGUGAUGCAGAGCAUCGUAGCAGCGGACUCGGACGGCGAGAAGAUUUUUGCGAAGGACUUGCAUGUCCAGCGGGU